UGUUCGUCCUCCGCCACAACAUCUUUCUAUCAGGGCGACGAACUACGAAGGAUCAAUUAGAUUAGGAUCUCCUAAUCCAGUACAAAGAACCCUCGAAGCUCAACCAACACCAGAUCGGACCGAGAAGAGAAAGAACCAUGUCAGUCUCACCAGCAAUGGCGGGAAGUCCGACCACUUGGGCCCACGCUCUCGUAAAGAUCUCGCCAUACACCUUCUCCGCCAUCGGUAUCGCCAUCGCCAUAGGCGUUUCCGUCCUCGGCGCCGCCUGGGGUAUUUAUAUCACCGGAAGCAGUUUGAUCGGUGCGGCAAUCAAAGCUCCCCGUAUUACUUCCAAGAAUCUAAUUAGUGUUAUCUUUUGUGAAGCUGUUGCUAUAUAUGGCGUUAUCGUGGCAAUUAUUCUACAAACAAAAUUAGAAAGUGUUCCAGCAUCACAGAUUUAUGCACCCGAGUCUCUUAGAGCAGGAUAUGCAAUCUUCGCAUCUGGGAUUAUUGUGGGCUUUGCAAACCUUGUCUGCGGGGUAUGUGUGGGAAUCAUUGGUAGCAGUUGCGCGUUGUCUGAUGCUCAAAACUCCACUCUUUUUGUGAAGAUUCUUGUGAUUGAAAUCUUUGGUAGUGCACUUGGGUUAUUUGGAGUGAUUGUGGGAAUUAUUAUGUCAGCUCAAGCAUCAUGGCCAGCAAAAACAGUGUAAUUUUGCUGUUCUCAAUGUUUGUGCAUGGUAAACCGACUCUGUUUCGUGCUUUUAGUCGUUACUAACUGGGAUAUUAAAAUUGGUGUGGAGAUAGAUUAUCCCCUAUUUCAAUCUUGGUCUGUAUUUUCUGUAGAUGGAUAUGAAAUUGACGGCAUGUUAAAAUUGGUCUUGAGCUACAUGUGCCCUUGUUCCUUAGGCUGUAUUCCAGCCAAAUAAAUAAAUAAGAGUUCUUCGGCUGCA